AUGACGCAGCCCGCUGUGCUCACGCAGCAGCACUCGAACGCGUUCUGGUCGGAGCCGCAGAAGGUGCCGCGUCUGGCGGUGCUGCUGCUGAACGCGGCGCACGACUCGUGGCGCGUCACCGCCGGCGGCGUGGGGCUGCACAGCUCGGAGCUCUUCUGGAACCUCUGGAGCCACGCGCAGCUCACGGUGUGCGCGGACGGCGGCGCCAACCGCCUGUACGACCGCGGCGUGGCGCUCGAGGCGCAGCACCUCGUGGCGCCGCACUACAUCAAGGGCGACCUGGACUCGCUGCGCGCCGACGUGCGCGAGUACUUCAGCGCCAAGGGGACGCAGGUGCUGCAGGACCCGGACCAGAACACCAACGACCUGGACAAGUGUCUGCAGCUCAUCCACCAGCUGCAGGAGGCCGACGACUCGAGCGACCGGUUCUCCGUCAUGAUCUUCGGCGCCAUGGGCGGCCGCUUCGACCAGGAGAUGCAGAACGUCAACGCGCUCUUCCGGUGGAAGGACAAGUUCCAGCAGAUGGUGAUGCUCUCCAGCGAGACCACGGCCAGGCUGCUGGCGCCCAAUGUGAGGCACGUGAUCUCGCCCAACUUCCACUUCGAGACGCGGACGUGCGGACUGAUCCCCGUGGCGGGGGCGUGCAAGGAGGUGACGACGACGGGGCUGAAGUGGAAUCUGAGCCCCGGCAUGGAGACGGGCUUUGGAGGGCUCAUCAGCAGCUCGAACCACGUGGACGACGCUAGCGAGCAGGUAGAGGUCAUCGCAUCGCACCCGCUCAUUUGGACCACGGAGCUGAAGCAGUAAACUCCUUGCUGUUGCCUGUGCAUACUCUCGGGUGACGCAGCUCAGUCCGGCAACGUGAAAAAAAAUGACACCAUAGCCAAGGAUGGAAGCGCACUGCUCGAAUAUAGGCUACCUAUAGUAUAAUGAU